AUGGCAGAGUACAGCCCUCAGGACUGGGAAAAUAUUCCAGCUAUCAUUCCAUCUAGUUUCGCACAUCUGGCUAGACAAGUCGGUUCAAUCCAAGACUGAGUAAAAGUCAAAGAAUCUGAAGAAUCAAUUGCAAGCAUUUGCUUUAAAAUACAAAACUUAGAAAAACUGUUAAGGGCUAAUACAGAACAAACAAGCGACCAAAUCAAAGACAUGGUUGGGACUGUUGAAAAAAAAUUAAAAAUUGUCAAGCAAGAUGUUGAAAAACUCAAAGAAAAGCCAAAGAUCCAAGAAGCAGUUAUGCAGACUGAAAUAACUAGCAAAGACUUCGAGCAAAACCCUGAUAUCGUCAUAUCAGAGCAUUCUGAAGACGAAGAUGAAAUCUUUACUGAAAAUGAUGAAAAUAAAUCAAAGAAUGAAGCUCCAAAAAGCUUGCUGCAUCUCCGAUUAAAUUGUGACUAAAAAUUCCUUUCCUAUUUAUAGGGGCUUAAUUAUUUUUUGAAAAAAUAAUUCUCAUUAAAAAUUUUGCCAAAUAAAAACAUCAUAUAAAAAAUUUUAGAAAAAUAAAUCGAAUAUAUUUUGGGUUUAAUUUAAGUUUAUGAGGAAUUCAUUCAUAAAAUUAAUUGGUACUGACUUCUUAAAUAGUAUUCUACUUGCAUUUCCUCCAUUAAAGGGGGUCAAAGCUAUUUAAAUAGAAAUUAUUUUUUGACCUAUAAAAUAUUUCUAUUAAUUUUGCUCCAAUUUGAAAUGGCUUUUAUUUAGGGAUCUAGCAAUAUUUUAUUCCAAUAUAAAGAGGAAGUAAGCAAGCUAACAUUCGGCGAAGAGAAAAAGUUAGAAAAAGUGGAAACUGAUAUGAAGAAGCCAAGAAUGUAUUCUUUAGAUCUUAUCAAGAAGCUUAUCUAUAAAUACCUGAACCGGUCUAUAUUGAAAAUUAGGGUCGGAAGACAAGAAAAAAUUGUGAAAGAGCUAAAUGAUAACCAAGAAGAAAUCUAUGAAAAAAUAGAUACAACAGUUCAUGAUUUUGGGCUAGAAAUCCAAAGAGCUUACGAAAAGAUUGAUUUUUAUAAAGACUCUCUUGACAAAAUCUGCAGAGAAGUUGAAGAAAAGUUGCUGUAUAUCAACAGAUGAAGCGUAAAAGUUGAAGAAAAGUUCAGUGAGUACCAAAAAGGCCAAGACGAGUUAAAAAUAAAAAACCAGGAGUUGCUAGAAGACUAUGACGUAAUAAAACAGUUUAAUAAAAAAAUCGAAGAAAAACUAACAGAAAGUGUAAAAGACCUAAAAAGCCACACAAAGAAAAAAAUAGAAGCGCUAGGAAAAACCCUAACUCCCCCCUCCGUGAGUGAACAAAACCAUUAGAAAAAUCGCCAUUUUUUGACCAAAAACCCACCCUCCGUGAGUGAACAAAAAUUUUUUUAAUAGAAAAAAUUUUUAUGGAAAACAAAUUUGAUAUAUAAGUGAUAAUUAGCAUAAUGAAAUCUAGAGCUAAUUCUGUUUAAUUUUAAACGAAUUGCUUUUUAAAACAUAAAUUUUAUAAAUUAAAUUAAUAUUUGCUUUCCAAUUUUCGCGAAUUAGGAAUUUUUUAAAUUUCGAAAAAAAAAUAUUUUUUAUAAAAUUUAAAUAUAAAUUGUUUUAAAAAAAAAAAAAUUAACCCCCUCCGUGAGUGAACAAAAUUUUUUUUGUUCACUCACGGAGGGGGGGAGUAAGGAAAGAAAACACUAAAAUAGCGGAAAUUAUUGAUGAAAAGCUUAAAGAAAUCACUACAAAGAUUGACCAAGAUAGAGUGGAAGUUACUGGUGAGUUUUCAAUAAAAAUUAAUGAAAUAGUCGAAAAGCACAGCAUAGAAUUAAAAGAGGCCACAGCUGAAAUUGAGCAACAAAUAUUUGACUAUAAAAAAAUCCAAGAAAGCGACUUAGAGAAGUUCAUUGAGUCUUUCACUGAUGAAAAAACUGAAAAUCAUGAAAACUUCAGACGAAUUCAUCUCGAAAUCAAAAAAAUGCGAACUGAUUUUGACCGCUGGGUCGCCAAUGUGAUGGAGCCAGCCCAUGUUUCUGAAGCCCGAAUUUUCGCAAUCGAAGCGCGUGUCAAAGAAGAGGAAAUGGCUCGUCUUGAAAAUCUGCACUUUGUAAACGAUAUCAUCAAAAAGCUGAUUUUCUCCUUUGAGCAGGCCCAAAUGAACGUACUAGCCCCCGCUCUCCGGCCUCCAUCUCGCAACGACAGUGACGCCAACGUUUCCCUCCUUAUGAAACGCCUCGCCUUUUUAAAAAAAGUCAUCCAAUUUAACGGCGAGCCCUCCACUCAAAGUAACUCCAAGCCUACCCUUCCCAGCCGAAAGCCAGGCACCGGUAAAGACCGUCUCAGCUUCUCUGCAAUGGAUGACACCUCCUUUAUCACUGAUAAAGCCCCGCCCCGAGGGUCCUACACCUCCUCUCCCAUGCGGAUGUCCACAAGCUAA